CGCGCUGCAUCCUGGGUCGCCCCGGCGGGCGUGGGUUUGGCGGGCGCCGGGAUGAACCCCGAGAGCUUCGCGGCGGGCGAGCGGCGGGUGUCGCCGGCGUACGUGAGGCAGGGCCGGGAGGCUCGGCGCGCGCACGAGCACCUGGUGCAGCAGCUCCUGGAGCAGGGCAAGUGUCCAGACGAUGGCUGGGACGAAAGUACGCUUGAGCUCUUUCUCCAUGAGCUCGCGAUCAUGGACAGCAACAAUUUCUUGGGUAAUUGUGGUGUGGGAGAGAGGGAAGGGAGAGUGGCCUCUGCUUUGGUUGCUCGUCGUCAUUACAGGUUCAUCCAUGGAAUUGGACGAUCUGGUGAUAUUUCUGCUGUGCAACCGAAAGCCGCAGGCUCUAGCCUAUUGAACAAAAUUACCAAUUCUUUGGUGCUUAAUGUCAUAAAGCUGGCUGGUGUUCACUCAGUGGCCAAUUGCUUUGUAGUUCCUAUGGCAACCGGUAUGAGUCUAACCUUGUGUUUCUUAACAUUGCGACACAAAAGACCAAAGGCCAAGUAUAUCAUAUGGCCACGAAUAGACCAGAAGUCCUGCUUUAAGUCCAUGGUCACUGCAGGUUUUGAACCCGUGGUGAUAGAAAAUGUUUUGGAAGGCGACGAGCUGCGUACUGACCUGAAUGCUGUGGAGGCUAAAAUCCGGGAACUCGGGCCUGACCAUAUUCUGUGCAUUCAUUCCACGACAUCCUGUUUUGCUCCGAGGGUGCCUGAUAGAUUAGAAGAACUGGCUGUGAUUUGUGCUAAUUAUGACAUUCCGCAUGUAGUCAACAACGCUUAUGGAUUACAGUCUUCCAAGUGCAUGCAUCUCAUUCAGCAGGGGGCUCGGGUUGGUAGAAUCGACGUUUUCGUUCAGAGCUUGGACAAAAAUUUCAUGGUUCCAGUGGGUGGCGCUAUAAUUGCUGGCUUCGAUGACUCCUUCAUUCAGGAAAUCAGCAAGAUGUACCCAGGGAGAGCUUCAGCUUCGCCGUCCUUAGACGUCCUCAUCACCUUGUUGUCCCUGGGCUGCAGUGGCUACAAGAGCCUGUUAAAGGAGAGAAAGGAAAUGUUUGUAUAUUUGUCCACUCAACUGAAGAAGCUGGCAGAGGCCCACAGUGAGAGACUGCUACAGACACCUCACAACCCUAUAUCUUUAGCAAUGACACUUAGGACAUUAGAUGGACAGCAUGACAGAGCUGUCACUCAGCUUGGCUCAAUGCUUUUUACCAGACAAGUUUCAGGAGCCAGGGCAGUGCCUGUUGGGUCUGUGCAAACUGUGAGUGGCCACACUUUCCAAGGCUUCAUGUCCCACACAGAUAACUACCCUUGUGCGUACCUCAAUGCGGCAGCCGCCAUCGGGAUGAAGACACAGGAUGUGGACUUGUUCAUAAAGAGACUCGAGAAGUGCUUAAACACAGUAAGAAAAGAACAAAGUAAAGCAAGUGUCCCGUCUGAAGUCGAUGAUUACAGCAGAGCUGGAGGUGUGGACAUUGAGGAAAUGGCUUUGAAACUGGACAGUGUGCUUGGUGACAAGGACCAGCGGCCUUCUUCAUAAUACUGUUUCUUUCUGCCACACUUCGUACAAGCACUUUAAAGGAUAUAUGUAAAGUUUUUGAAUUGAGAAUUUUAUAGCGAAUGUUCUCUCAAGGAAGAGACUGGUCUGAGGUUAGCUGCUGGUGAUUGCUGUUUUUAUCCGUAGAUUAAUACCUCAGUCCUUAUGAUUCUUAACAGGUUAUAACAUGCAAUUACAGUGAAUGUUUUCUGAUUGUUAUGUUAGUUAAGUAACACAAUUCAGAUGAUUCUUACUGAUAUAAGCUGUAAAGUUACAUGUAAUUCUUACUGAAAUACAGAGUUCUUCUUAACCAUU